UAAAACUGUGUAAUUACUUAAUUUAGGAGUGCUAAAGUGUGUGAGCAGAUUGCUAAAUAACUCGCUAUUAGCAUCAAAUAGGACACACAUAAGAUUAAUAAGUAAAUGAAGAGUAUCAGUAGCUUGCAUUGCGUACAAAAUGGACCUUUUAGUUUCAACAUUAGAAUUGCGCUUAGAGAGGCUAACAGAAGCUUUAACGGGAGCCGCCGAGGCUCUUCAUAGUAUGGAGACCGGCGUAGAAAGGGACAGGAUAGUUGCCGUCAAAAUUAAUGUUAAUAAUAGAUUAUCGUCGUUCACAACAGACCUCAACAGAUAUUUGUCUGGUGAUAGCGCCAAUGUAAGAGAAGAUCUUUGGAAACAGUGUCGCGACGUGCAGAUUAAAGCGGAGGACGUGCUAACGGAAUUGGAAAUUGCCAUGAAACUCUACUGCCACGAAGGAGAUAACAAUAAUAGGACACGUCUACCUAAAUUAGAACUCGGCAAAUAUAAUGGUGAUGUCCUAAAGUGGAAUACAUUCUGGGACAAGUUUGCAGCCAAUGUCGACAAUAAGGAUAUUGCCAAUGUGGAGAAGCUCUCAUACCUGCUAGCAUCUUUGGAGGGACCAGCCCUUCAAGCAGUUGAGGGUUUGGAGACUACAAACUUAAAUUAUCCAAUUGCGGUCGAUAUCCUCAGUAGCCGUUUCGGUAAGCCUUCAAAGGUCAUUGACGCUCACAACGAGGCUUUGCAAAAACUUACGGUAGCAAAGGAUUUACCUGAAGAUUGUAGAUGCACUCUGAACACCAUAGAGAAGCACCUGAGGUAUAUCAAGUGCGACUGA